AUGCCGAUCGAAUUUGUUUGCAAAAUCAAAUUUGCAGAGGAGGAUGAGAAGCAAAAAGGCAACCAGGAUGGGGACAAGGAGAGCCUGAUUGAGGAGAGCUGCAGUCCACCAGCCAAGGACCUGGCCGGCUUUGCCAAUGCCUGCUCGCUCCAUGGAAUUAACCAUAUAUUUGUCUCAGGCCGGCUGGGAAUCAGACAGACGCUCUGGGCUCUGGUAUUCUUGGUGUCCCUGGCACUUUUUCUUUACCAGGCGGCAAAGUGUGCCAUCUCCUACCUGGAGCAUCCUCAUGUCACAGCGCUAAACGAGGAGGCCACCCCGGAAAUGGUGUUCCCUGCCGUUACCAUCUGCAACAUCAACCGCUUCCGCUUUUCCGCUCUUACCGAUGCCGACAUCUACCACCUGGCAAACCUGACUGGCUUGCCCCCCAAAAAUAAGGAUGGCCACAAGCCAACUGAUUUGGAGUAUCCGGCACCAGACAUGCAGGACAUCUUCAACCGAACAGGUCAUCAGCUGGAAGAGAUGCUGAAGAGCUGCAACUUCAGUGGGCAAAACUGCUCAGCUGAAGAUUUCUCUGUGGUUUAUACAAGAUACGGGAAAUGCUACACUUUCAAUGGAAACAAAACAACCUCCAGGAAGACGAAGCAAGGAGGGAUGGGAAACGGGCUGGAGAUCAUGUUGGACAUUCAACAGGAUGAAUAUCUGCCAAUCUGGAAGGAGACAAAUGAGACAUCUUUAGAGGCAGGAAUCCGUGUUCAGAUCCACAGUCAGGAAGAACCACCCUACAUCCAUCAGCUGGGCUUUGGAGUCUCUCCAGGAUUCCAGACCUUCGUUUCCUGUCAAGAGCAAAGAUUGACCUACCUGCCCCAGCCUUGGGGGAACUGCCGCUCCACCAGUGAGCAGAUGAUCCCGGGUUACGAUACCUACAGCAUCAGCGCAUGCCACCUGCGUUGUGAGACUCUUGAGGUGCUGCGUGAGUGCAAAUGCAGGAUGGUGCACAUGCCGGGGGAUGCCGAUAUCUGUACUCCCAGCAAAAUCAAAUGUGUGGACAAAGCACUUGCAUUGUUACAGAAAAGUUCAAGUGACGCAUGCUUCUGUGAAACUCCCUGCAACCUGACACGUUAUGGUAAGGAGCUUUCCAUGGUAAAAAUCCCCAGCAAAGGCUCUGCUCGCUACCUAUCAAGAAAAUACGACAAGUCAGAAGAGUACAUAAGAGACAACUUCCUGGUAUUGGACGUAUUCUUUGAAGCUCUAAAUUAUGAAACAAUAGAACAGAAAAAAGCAUAUGACGUUGCAGGAUUGUUAGGCGACAUUGGUGGGCAGAUGGGUCUUUUCAUAGGGGCCAGUGUUCUUACCAUCUUGGAGAUUCUGGACUAUGUAUAUGAGGUGAUCAAACACAGACUGGAGCGCUUUUUCAGGCCACAAAGAGAAGACAAGAAGCAAACCCAACAGCAGCAACAAGCCAGCACAGUCGCCACAGUAAACCUUGAGGAAAUGAAAGCUAAAGACUCUGGUGAGAUAAGUCGGAGCCACUCUGAGGGAGAUUACGCAAACACCAUCCUCCCAAAUCAUCAUCACCACCACCGUACUCACCAUCGAGUGUUUGAAGACUUUGCCUGCUAG